CGGGGAUCAUACGUGUCUUGACCAAUCACAUUACAGAAACGAUCACUAAACAGAGAAGUUAAAAACGCUCUGUCUUCGUCUUCUUCUACUUCUUCAAAAUUUUGUAACGGAGACGGGAUCGAGCGAUAAGUCCCCGGUGAAAAAAAUUAUAAUAAGGAUUUGAUUAAUCGUAGCAGGGGGAAAGGAGAUUAAAGAUGCAUACUUUUGGAUACAGAGCUAAUGCUCUGCUCACGUUCGCAAUCACGGCGCUUGCCUUCAUCUGCGCAAUCGCGUCUUUCUCUGACAAAUUCAGCAACCAAAACCCCUCUGCUGAGAUCCAGAUACUUAAUAUCAAUCGGUUUAAGAAGCAAUCUCAUGGAAACGAUGAGGUCAGCUUGACAUUGGACAUAUCAGCAGACUUGCAGUCACUAUUUACUUGGAACACCAAACAGGUUUUCGUUUUCGUAGCAGCAGAGUAUGAAACCCCGAAGAAUUCCCUGAAUCAGGUUUCUCUAUGGGAUGCCAUAAUCCCUGCCAAGGAAGAUGCCAAAUUCCGAAUUCAAGUCUCAAACAAGUACCGUUUCAUCGAUCAGGGACAAAAUCUUCGUGGAAAAGAAUUCAACUUGACACUACACUGGCAUGUGAUGCCCAAGACUGGCAAGAUGUUUGCUGACAAAAUAGUCAUGCCUGGUUACAGUUUACCAGAUGCAUACAGAUGAUGAAGAUUGAAUGAAUACAUCAAACAUCGUCCAAGAGUUUUUGAAUUUCAGUUUUUCUGAAAAGUUUCAGACUUUUCUUAUUUGAAGGAAAAACUAAUUUAAAAGUACUAAUGGUCUUAGCAGUAAACACAGAUAUUCUUUCAAGUGA